GUGAACCAUGGGGGUUUCACAACAGCAAGAAUUGAGUCCAAAUGGCUUCCAAUCACACGCAUCUCGCCAGGACCUUCAGUUUCAGCGUCAGAAUCCGGGUCGAUCAGGUGUUCUGGCAAUACUGUCGGGGGAAAGAUGGUAGAUUUUGCCCUGACUUUGGAUACUGCUUCUACUCCUCUGGCAGUAAUUAAAGAGCAUAUCUAUGCCUGCGACUUUCCAGCAGAUUUAUCUGUUAACCAAACCACAUGUAACCCGCUAACUCUGCGGCCUAUUGGUGUAAGCGUCGAGACCAAGGCUUCUGCUGCGGGAGCCGAACAAGGCCGCAUUCAGCUUGCUUUAUGGACCAUUGCAUGGUACAAGAGAGUCCAGGCAUGGGUGGAUAGCUGCGCCGAUGAUAUUUGUCUUCCUGACGCCAUGCCAGUUAUCUUGGUUACUGAGCAUGCAUGGAACUUGGCGUUCGUCUGCAAUAGGGGUGGCGAGGCAUUUGAGCUGGUAUAUGAAAUCUCGAUUGGGAGCACUUCGAAUCUGCGUGAUUUAUACAAACUUCUGGCUGUAAUGCGCAUUUUGGGUCACUGGAUAGAUACAGAUCUCAGACAAUGGUUUGAGCGGUUGUUCCGAGCUUGCCUUGUUUUCACAGAGCUCGCCCUGCACAUUAAAUUUUCCGAUUUAUCGGAGCCGCCAGAAAUCGUUUGCAAGCCCCAGAAUUCCGGAGCUAACUUAUGUUAG